AUGUUGCAGCAGCUGCUGUGUCCGACGUCCGUCUCCGAAUCAACGAGCCGGAGCAGCAGUCAGCUCUCUCUGACUGCAUGCAGCUGAUGGACCUUUCGCGAGACCGGCUCGCGGCUGUCGCCGGAGGGGCGGCCCGCUGCAAUGCUCGCACGUGGGUGAGCGCCGUGCUCACCAACUACGGCACGUGCCGCGACGGCCUCCGCAGGUCGGCGAAAGCCUCGGUGGGGCCACAAUUGGAGUCCCUCAAUGCCCUGGCCAGCGCCGCGCUCGCCGUUCUCAACGCCGUCUCCCCCGUCGCUGACGACGACGUCAUCACGUUCAAGAAGUUCCCCUCGUGGCUGUCGCACCACGACCGGAAGAUUCUAGAAGGUUCUGUGGCCGACGGAGGAAUCCAGGCCGAUGUGAUCGUGGCAAAGGACGGGAGCGGGAAGUUUGCGACGGUGCAGGAGGCGGUGGAUGCAGCACGGGACGGCAGGAAAAGCGCAAGGUACGUGAUCUACGUAAAGAAAGGAGUGUACAAGGAGAACGUCAAUAUAGGAAAGACGAAGAAGAACGUGAUGAUCGUCGGCGACGGCAAGAGCGCGACGGUGAUCACCGGGAGCCGCAACGUCAUCGACGGCUCCACCACCUUCAACUCCGCCACAUUAGCUGCUGUAGGCGAUGGACUCAUUCUCCAAGACCUCAAGAUCGAGAACACAGCUGGGCCAAAGAAGCAGCAGGCAGUGGCCCUCCGCGUCGGCGCCGAUAAGGCUGCUAUCAACCCCUGCAGCAUCGACAGCUAUCAGGACACCCUCUACGCCCACUCCCUCUGCCAGUUCUACCGCGACAGCCACAUAUCCGGCACAAUUGACUUCAUCUUCGGCAAUGCCGCCGUAGUGAUCCAGAAUUGUCAGAUCAUCGCGCGUAAGCCGUUACCGAACCAAGAAAACACGAUCACCGCCCAAGGCCGCGAGGACCCGAACCAGAGCACCGCCACCUCCAUCCAGAACUGCCAGGUGUUGCCCGGGCCGGACCUUUCGCCCGUCAAGAAGGCCAUUCCGUCGUACCUCGGCCGGCCGUGGAAGGCGUAUUCGAAGACGCUGUUCAUGCAGUCGUUUAUCGACGAUCACAUCGCCCCGAAAGGGUGGUUAGAGUGGAAUGGCGACUUCGCAUUGAAGACCCUGUUCUACGGGGAGUAUCAGAACCGCGGGCCUGGGGCAGGGACCGCCGGGCGGGUGCGAUGGCCACGGUAUCACGUGAUCACCGAUCCGAACGUGGCGAAGGCCUUUACGGUGGCCGCGCUGAUACAAGGUGGGUCUUGGUUGCCGGGGACGGGUGUUGCCUUUACUGAAGGUCUCUAGCUUCUU